AGUUCCAGUUGCUCGUGAAAUAACAACAAUUUUAAUUUUUUUUUAUUAUAUUUGGGUAUUUCCUUUAACCUUAACGUUGGAUAAUAAAUUAUUAUAAAAAUUCUAUUAAACAUAACACUUAUUAUUCGCAUUUACAAUUUAUAUUCAUACUCAACAACAAUGGAUGUAACCGGGACAAUUUCCAAUGACAAAUCUAAUUGUAAUAAUGGUAUAAAUUCAGGCAGAACGCACCACAAAUUUAGUCGUCACGAUAUUUUUCAACAACUCACAUCAAACUCUUAUUAAAACGAACAUGUUGUUAAUAACAUUUUUGAUAUCUCUUUUAUUUCAAAAUAUAUCUGGACAACUUACAACAGCUCUUCCUUACGUUUGCGUUCCAAUAGGAACCUGUACAACACCCACCAGUAGUCCUAAUGUAAUUGAUCCAAGAAUUGUAACUCCAACAACGUCGCCUUGUCCAGCGGGACAAGAAGCUUGUUUCAUAACAUCCCCAACUGGUCAAUGUGGAAGAAGGUAUGUUCAAAAUGUGAAUACCGCUGAUGGUGCAGCCACCUUAGGAGCUUUCCCAUGGUUGGCAUAUAUCACGAAUCAAACUGGUUAUACAGGAGUUGGUGUUUUGAUAAAUCCUCAAACUGUUUUGACAGCAGCUCAUAAAGUUUGCUUAAACGAACAAACUCCAAGCAAUGUAAGAGUUAGUUUAGGGGUUUAUUCACCAAGUAAUAUGGCAACUGCACAAAAUUCAACAGCUUCAUCUAUAGCGAUUCAUCCAAAUUUUAAUUGUGCUCAACCAUGGACAUUAAUUAAUGAUAUUGCUGUUAUUAGACUAUCCACGCCAAUUUCAAUUGGUAUUCAAACGAACGUUGGAACAGCUUGUCUUCCACCAGCUGCAGCCCCUGGUACAUCACCGUACGUGGGCAGAUCUUGUACUGUUGCUGGAUGGGGCCAAACUGGUUUCGGUACAAACGACGCACCAACAAAUCCCCAAAAACAAGUAACAGUACCAAUAGUAACCUAUCAGGAAUGUAGAGCUUCAAUGAGUAGAGCAGAUCUUCUGGGUAGUGCUGUUGAUAGAUUCUUAGAUCCUAACGGAGAGAUUUGCGCCGGAGGAUUAGCUCAAAGGGAUGCUUGCACUCAAGAUGGCGGAGCUCCUUUGGUUUGUGCAGAUACAACAACUGGCCAAUUUUAUAUUGCUGGGUUGGUUAUUUGGGGAAAAAGAUGUGGAUUACCUGGAGUAUAUGGGGUUUAUGUUAAUGUUCCCGUUUAUAGACAAUGGAUUGAUACGGUUAUAGCUAGUUUUGGUUAAGCAUUGUUUAGUUAAUGAUGUGACCCCGAAAAUUGUUCUAAAAAUAUAUUUUUGUAUAUUAAUCGAUUUGAUACCAUCAUAAUUUAUGUACAAUUCUAAUUAAUCUAUAAAUUUCAACAAACUG